CCUUCCUCAGGAGAGAGAGAGAGAGAGAGAGAGAGAGAGAGAGAGAGAGAGAUCCAAAUGGAGACUCUGCUUUCUUCAGUCCUGGGUGAGGUGAUGGCUCGAUCCAUUAACUUCAUCCUCAGCAAGGUCUCGACGCCGCCGGCGCCGGCCUUGGAGGACAGCCUGCAGAGGGCUCUCCUCCAGGCACAGGUUAUCGUCGACGAGGCCACAGGACGGCACAUCACGAACCAAGCCAUGCUCCUGCAGCUGGACAUGCUGAGAGACGCUGUGCAUAAGGGCAGCUACGCGCUCGACAACUUCAGGUACCACUACCAGCCUCACGCUACGGAGGACGACACAGAUCAACCUGUUCGUCGCUCCGUGCCCCUGUCCAUAGCCAACUGUGCAAAAAUUCCCCGUUUCUCCCGUGGGAGUGCGCGGAUCUUGGCACAGCUACGCGAGGCGCUCGAUCGACUGAUCUCCAUGGUAGCCGAUGCGGACGUGCUGGUCCUGUUCCUGACGAGCUACCCUCGCCGGUACCGGCAGCCCUACAGCAUGCACCUCAUGCUGGAUAACUGCAUGUUCGGCCGCCAGAUGGAGACUGAACAUGUCAUCAGCUUCCUGCUGCACGCACAACCAUCCCAUGGCGCUGAAGAACCGGAGGUCCUGCCGAUCGUCGGUCCUGGCAGGGUCGGCAAGACCACCGUCGUCACUCAUGUCUGCAAGGACGAGAGAGUCCGCGAUCGCUUCUCAGAGAUCGUGCUCCUGAACGACCUCGACUUUACGGAUGGUGAGCUGGCUGCAUUGAGACAGAGAUGCUCAAUGAGAAAUGGUGACCGUGGCUCCAACUCGAACAGUAGAGAUGGGAAAUUUCUGGUCGUUGUUGAGGUUGCCGGGGAUUUCAACGAGGACGCAUGGACCAGGUUGUACUCCUCAUCUAAACUGUGGAUGCCACGUGGCAGUAAAAUCAUAGUCACAAGCCGGUCCGACAAGGUCACCAGGGUCGGAACAGCGCGGCCUCUUACUCUGAAAUUCCUGCCGCGCGAGGCGUACUGGUACUUCUUCAGGACGCUCGCAUUCGGGAGCGCCGAUCCCGGGGCACACCCGAGGCUUGCGAACAUGGCCAUGGAGGUGGCCAGGAACAUGAACGGAGCUUUCAUCAGCGCGCACAUCACCGCCCGCGUCCUGAGGGGCAACUUGGACGCUCGCUUCUGGGGCAAGGUCCUGGCCCUCUACAGAGAGUUCGUCGACAAGCAUGGCUCCAGAUUUGGUGGCAACCCAUUUGCUACUCUUAACCAGGACGGACCGGCACUUCUUGGAAGGAUGGGUCGGGCUUUUGCGGAUCUCAUGAUCCAUCACCACUACGAAUGCUCCUCGCCGGUGGAGGUUCCAGAUGUAAUGACGGUACACGAGGUGAUUUUCGGAAGUGAGGUUGUUAGGGCCCAGGGGAAAUUUCAGUUCGUGUGGACUUCUCCAAUACCACCCUACUACAGCCACAUCUACACUUGUGAGAUUCUAGGGAGCAAACCAGCAGCCGCCAAGAGGAAGCGUUCUGUGGAAAAUGAAGUCGCACUUUCGUAAUUUAUGUUCCUUAGCGUC